AUGAAGAAGAUGGUUCUCAAGGUGCAAAUGCACUGUCAGAAAUGUCGGACAAAGGCUUUGAAGAUAGCUGCUGCAACACAUGGUGUGAAUGAGGUAGCAAUACAAGGGGCAGAAAAGGAUGAGCUGGUGGUGAUUGGAGAAGAAGUUGAUUCGGUUAAGUUGACUUGUUCGCUAAGAAAGAAGCUGCACAAUGCUACCAUACUGAGUAUCGAAGAGAAAAAAGAUGAGAAAAAGGCUGAACAAAAUCCAAGUUAUUUUGUUCACUAUCCUCAGCAUUUCAUUCCUGAAGUGCUGGUUCAGGAUCCAUACCAAACAACACUUUGUCUCAUCAUGUGA